AUGACACAAGAUUUUUCAUCUUUCUGUAAAAUGAAAUUCGGGAAAGAUUUCUCGCUACAAAUGGUGCAGGAAUGGCAUGAAUCUUACAUGAAUUACAGCUCUCUCAAGUCUCAGUUAAAAGAUAUCAAAUUCAAACGCAUAAACAAUCCUCCCCGUCACGGCCGUCAUCACGGAGAAGGCCUUCGCCAGAAGCGGACUCUGCACGGCCAUCAUCACGGAGAAGGUUUACUCUCGACGCCGGGACCAAGAAGCCAUCACCACGGCGGACACAGACACAGACACGGACACGGUGGUGGACAGAUCGGCCAUUUCUCAGAUUCUGACGACGACAUCGAGGAAGGAUUGAAGCCAGCGCCUAUUGUGGUGCAGUCGACGAUUCACGGCAACCGGACGACGUUUCUGAUGGUGGCCGAGCAAGGAGGAGGGUACGAGAUGGAGUUUUUCCGGCGAUUAGACGACGAAUUCAACAAAGUGGAGAAAUUCUAUAAAGACAAAGUGAAAGAAGUGAAAGAAAAAUAUAUUAAGCUUAACAGUCAAAUGGAACUUCUUAUCGCGUUUCGGCAGAAAGUAAAGGUUCCUAAUGGUUGCCGGGAGAUGACUCCAUUAGCUUCUGCUUCCGCCGGAGCUAGCUUCAACAUGAGGGCUGGAGCUAAGUCUCACAUGGAGGCAAUCCAGGAAGGAGGAUCGAGCAAAACUGGUAAGUCCGAGGAAGAUGACGAUGAUAUCGUCGUCUCCGACGUAGUGGCCGGUGACAUAAGUCGACUGAAAGCUGCGAGGCCAUCCCCGAUCGAGGUUAAGUGGGAUCGUGUUACGAUCAAUCUCACCAAUGAUACGCCUCGGUCCACCAUUAAAGGCGUUCUCAAGCUCUCGAACACGGAGUCUGAGUAUACCAGAGAUAAUCUCAGGAAAGUCGAGGAGCAGCUCAAACGCGCCUUCGUCGAGUUCUACCAGGAGCUUGAGCUACUCAAGAGCUACAGGGGUCGGAAUGUGGAUGCGUUUUCGAAGAUAUUGAAGAAGUAUGAUAAGAUAACUUCGAGGCAUGCGAGAGAGUGUUACAUGAAGAUAGUUAAUACCUCUUACCUUGGAAGAUCUGAUAAGGUGAUUAGACGCAUGGAGCGUGUUGAAGCUACGUUCAUAAAGCACUUCACAAAUGAUAACAGAUCAAAAGGAAUGAAAAUCUUGAGACGUGAACCUAAAAGAGAGAGACAUCGUAUUACAUUCUCCACAGGUUUCUUAGGCGGAUGCAUGUUUUCUCUAGUGGUGGCUCUAUUCGCCAUCAUACGCACCCGGAACAUUUUGCACAAGAAAGGCCAAGAACAGUACAUGAACACUAUGUUCCCUCUUUACAGCUUGUUUGGGUUCAUUGUGCUGCACAUACUAAUAUAUGCUGGAAAUAUAUACUAUUGGAGGCGGUAUCAAGUGAAUUAUCCUUCCAUAUUGGAGUUCAAGCAAGGAACUGAACUUAGCUAUAGACAAGUCCUAUUUGUGGGAUUCAGCAUCGGAGUCUGCGCGCUUCUUUGUGUUAUCGCCAAUCUUGACAUGGAGGUUGACCCUGAAACCAAAGAUUACAAAGCAUUAACCGAACUUCUUCCUCUUUUCCUCCUCAUUGUUCUGUUUAUAGUUCUAAUCCUACCAUUCAACACAUUCUAUCGCUCGCACCGCGUUUUCUUCCUCACAUGCCUCUUUCACUGCAUUGCUGCUCCUCUUUACAAGGUGCAAGCUUUUCGAAGCGUCCCAUUUUACAUAUGUCACUACGGUUGGGGAGAUUACAAACAUAGAAUAAACACUUGCAAAGACUCAGAGCCCCACAAAGCUUUCUUAUUCAUUGUUGCUGUCGUCCCAUACACCUGGCGUCUCCUUCAGUGCUUGAGGCGGCUAUUUGAAGAGAAAAAUACAGAACAAGGAUACAAUGGUCUCAAGCACUUCUUGACUAUAGUGGCUGUCUGCUUGAGGACGGCUUACAGUGUCGUCGACAAGGAUCAUCAAUUUGUGUGGAGAAUGUUAGCUGGGAUCUUCUCAGCUAUUGCUGCCAUUUUCGGUACUUACUGGGACUUAGUCCAUGACUGGGGUCUUCUUAACAGGACAUCUAAGAACCGUUGGCUCCGGGAUAAACUCCUUGUCCCGCAAAAGAACGUCUACUUCAUCGCCAUGAUCUUGAACAUCUUGCUCAGAUUCGCGUGGCUUCAGACCGUACUAGAUUUCCACUUCAAUUUUAUGCACAGAGAGACGAUGAUUGCUGUUGUUGCCAGUCUAGAGAUUAUCCGCCGUGGGAUAUGGAAUUUCUUCAGGUUAGAGAACGAGCAUUUGAACAAUGUUAAAACGGGCAAAGCGGUGAAGACGGUUUCAUUACCGUUUGACUACGACGAGGAUGACGACAAAGGCAAAAUAAGCUAAGAAAUUUGUGUAAGGAGACAAACAAAGGGAGGAUGAAUACUGCAUAACUGUUUGGAGACAAAAUAUUGGGAUUCUGCCAAAUUGAAGAUUGCACAGUUGCACAUCAAUACUUGAAUUAGUAGAAGGCAAAACUUUAUUGAUGUAUCUGAAGCAUGGGAUAUGAUAAUAUUUGUUUUUCUUUUGUUUGUUAAAGAUAUGAUAAAAUUUGUUACGAAGGAGAAUGUCUCUUGUCACUGAAUUUGUUGCAAAAUGAGUUGAAAGACAUUACUAUAUCAAAUCUAGUUGAAGAUACAAAGCUCUGGAGUAUUGAAUUCAAUAA